AUGGCGUGGAAGCAGUAUGAUGGUCAUGGAAACCAACGAUGGGGCCGAUCCAAUUGGUACGAUGACAGGCAGUGGAACAACUGGGAGCAGGCUCCACAAACACCACAGCGUGAAGCAAACAGACGGUCAGAGGACAUGCCGUCACCGCAAGGUGGGCACCAGCAGGACCUUGACUUCCCACGCACCUUCAAGCAAAGCAAAGGCUACCACGACAGCAACGAAGUUUUCGGCCUCAAGUUUCCCGAUCGUAUCUUUGGUUCAGCCUGGGCGUCGCAGCACGGAUUAGCUGGCAGAGACAUUCGAACACUUGGCUUACAUGAGCUUGCGUACAGAGGAUGGGACAAUUUCCAUCUCCGAGCACUAGCCAACGGCAGAUUCACAUCGCUGAUCUUUGCUAGAUCAGUCAAAGAAGCAACGUUCUUCACAGCACUGCAGAGCAAAAUUCGAGAACAAAAAAUCGACCUUGACCAGAUCGCGCAUGAGUUCUGCAAACAAAACAACAAGCUGGAUACACAAUCCAGCAAUGACAACAUUAGAAAGAAGAAGCAGAUGGACCACUUCGUCGACAUGCUCAUGGGCACGAUCAAAUCGUUUCAACUGCAAGAAGCUGAAGCAGCCCAAAGCCGUAUCGAAGCCCUCGAACAGCAGCUGGCCGAUGAGAGAAAGAAAAGGAAAUCUGACGACGCCCAAGCCGACACACGUUCAGUGCCAGGAAGCUCGCAAGACCUUCCUCCAGCCAAACAACACAAAGCCGCUAAAGCCAAAGCAAGAGGGUUUGACAAACAGCUACCGGUUGCAGAACCAACGGACUUCCUUACAGCAGCCACCACGUUCGACACAGAGCCUGUCGCCCGAACACUAGCCAGCAACAGCCCCAAUGCCAUAACACCAACGGCUGUGGACAAGUGGGUUAAGAGCCUUCCAAUCUCCAAGGAUACCAGAUCCAGGCUCGAAAGAGCUUUCAAAGGCAUCCAGAAAGCAGUCAAAGAGUUGCCCAAGCCGGAUGCCAACCAGCUCCCAGACAAAGCAGCAGCGUACGGCCUACCCAUUAGCUUAGCGUCCAAAGCUAAAACAACAGAACUUGUGAAAAUCAUCUGCAGUGCUAUUGCCUUAGCCGAGUGA